CACCAAGCAUCCAAGGGGAGGAGACUCAUCAUCGUCCUUGCUCUCCAAUCCUACCAGAACAUCGUCUCGACCUCCUCCUCCUCAAUCAUGGCCAGCACGCCUACUCCAGCCCACCUCAGCAGCUCAAGCUCAUCCGUCGACGCGCGAUCAGCACCCAGCUCACCAAGACCCAAAUUCGACCCCCAACCACUUCGGAAAACACUCAAGACUCUCUUGCCCUCAAGACUGCAGGCAGUGACAUGGGACAAGGCAGAUCGGGAGAGGAUGAAGCGUCUCUCGCGGGGUGUGGCAGAUGCAGUCAAGGGGAGAAUGUUAGAAAUCGCCCCAAGAGGAUUCAAGUACAUUGUGCAAGUCCAGCUCGUAGAGGAUCUAGGCCAGGGAGGAAGGGCAGACUCGAGUUGUCACUGGGAAGAGGGAGACCUAGUCGUUGCCGAGACCUUCUCUAACGACUCGAUCAUUUGUACAGUGCUGGCCUACGCAAUUAGGUCCUAUUGAUACCCAUGACCCCAUCGCUCCUCCAGUUGCGGACAAAGGAUCAGCGACAGACUACCCGCAAUGCAGGAUUGCUGGCAAACCUUUGAACAGGUCUAAGUGGCUGGCUAGCUAGCUCGCUAGCUAGUAAGCAAGCAAGCUUGGGCCCCCCUUGGCACAAGACCUACAGGCGCCGGUCGCACCCACAUCCAAAUCGCACGCGCACACGAGUCGAUUCAAGUGACAAGAGAAGAUUGAUACCCAAUUUGCACAAAGACUACUCGUCAAGGCCAUCGCCGUCGCCGUCGCAUCUCAUCGCAGCAUUGUAAGCUAUACAGAAAAAG